CCAUACAAUAAGCCCACCGCAAAUUUCAGAUUCCGUAUGAUUAAAAAGCAAGUUAUCAGAACAGGAGCAUCUGCUUUGCUAUAAAGCUUGAAGCUUAAGCUAAGGAAGAAGAAUUUCACUGAUCUAAGUCCAGUUUCCUCUAUUGUCCCUUAGAUCUUCCGGCGACUGAUUGCUCACCGGCAUGCAUGAAUAGCGACGGUGUGAAAGAGAUUUGGUUGAAGAACUAGAGCAGCUGUGCAAACAACAUCCAUGGCGGCAAUGUGGUAAUCUGUACGAGAAAGCAAUUAAAUUUUAUUUUAAUUUUAUGCUAAUGGGUAAAUUUGUGAGGGGAGUGAUAGUGGACCAUGCACUGUUUGAAUAUGGAAUCGAACAGCCCGAUAAUUUCAAGAGCAACCCAACCCUCUCCCUACUACGCAAGCUCCGAUUUUCCGAUAUCCAUACGGCCAUUUCCUUCGAGUUGCCUCUUUCAGAUGAGAAAGUUAAUCUCCUGCAGAAAAUGGCUGAGCUUCAUUCUUUUAAAUGCCUUCCUUUGACUGCAUCUUCCUCGGACAUUGCAUCACGAGAGAUUGCCCAAACUUGGGCUCAUGUCUCAGGCUCCAUCUUGUAUCUCGUUCCUAACCACGACUGCUCUGCCAAAAUAAGUUGCACAUACUUUUCAAUUGCUCCUGAUGCUGAAGUUACCAGUGCACUGCAGAAGUCAAACAGGAUAUACAUGGAUAAAUUGGAAGAGCUACCUUUGACCAUUUGCCGCUUAAAUAAAAAGGCAAUAAGCGACGGCGUUGUAACAGUUGGCUACGUUAUGAAGCCUUCUCGUGAGGAAGAUUUUGCCAAGAGGGGUGCCUUUCCAAUGUGUCCAACUCCCAACGGGUUGAUCUUUUUGCCCUUAACUUUUGAGCUUCCUAUAGCAGCACAGUUAGAAGAGGUUGAUGUGAUUCUCCACAAAGCAACUGAUGAAAUCGUGUCCAUUGAAUUAAAUAGCUCCUCAGAACCUUCCUACAGAAUUGAUUACACAAAUGGAAUGCAAGAACUGCAAAGGCAUAUUAAAAGCCAAAAUCAUUGCUUCGAAGUUGAUCCAAUUAAUAGCAUUUACCCUGUACUUGAUCGGUUAAAGAUCCAACAAAUUUUACUUGGACUAGAGGAUCUUCAUGCAGCAGGAAGCUGCAAAGUCAGGGGCCCUCACUUUCUCAAGGUUAACAGUUUUGAUGAACCUGAUUUGGUACAAAGACUUCAUGAUGUAGAACUGUCUCUUCCAAGUAUAGUGAAACCUCAGGUUGCUUGUGGUGUAGCUGAUGCUCAUAGUAUGGCAAUUGUCUUUAGUGUUGAAGACUUCAAGGAUUUGAGCGUUCCAGUACCUGCUGUCAUUCAGGAAUAUGUUGAUCAUUCAUCCACUUUGUUCAAGUUUUAUGUUCUAGGUGAGAGAGUUUUCCAUGCCGUGAAGAAGUCAAUUCCCAAUUCUGACAUUUUGAUAAAAUCAUCUGAGAAGGAUGGAUCAAAACCUCUUCUCUUUGACAGCUUAAAAUCUCUACCUACUUCCCCUGCAAACUCUGAAGGUCGGGAUUUGUGCCUUGAUCUUGGGCUAGUAAACAAGGCUGCUGAGUGGCUUUCAAAAAUGUUGGGUCUCACCAUUUUUGGCUUUGAUGUUGUUAUUCAAGAAGGUUCCGGUGAUCAUGUCAUUGUGGAUGUAAACUACCUGCCAUCGUUCAAAGAAGUUCCUGACGAUGUGGCUGUGCCUGCAUUUUGGGAUGCUAUUAGAAAGAGGGCGGAUUCGAAAGCGGUGAAGCCGUGAGGUGCUCCUCUUUCGGUGGAGUCUCACGUAAAAGCAAAGCGGGUUCGGAUCCUUUCGAAACAAAAACAAAGCUAGUUCCCAUCCUUCAGAACAAAAGCAAAGUGAGUUCGGGUUUUACUUUUGUUGAAAAUAAGUACAUGGUUUAGUUAACGAGUCAAUCUAUGUUGUAGCUUUUGGAAAUAAUAUAACAUGAAAGUUUUGAACUGAG